CAUUCUGAAAGCUUCAGCAAGCAGAUCAUCGGCGAUGUCGAACAUUGAGCAAGCCGUCCAGGCCGAGGCCGGCAAGGCGCAAGCCGAGGCCGAGUGCCAGGCGGAGCACGCCGCGCAGUCCGUCAAGGACGCCGCUGGCGCCACCGCUGGCGCCGCGGCCGACGCCGCAGGAGCUGCCGCCGACAGCGCGCAGCUGCAGCAGCACCGCGCCGCCGACGCCGUUCAGGAGGCUGCCGAUCAGGUGGCCCACACGGCCGAGGGCGCGGCGGCCGCCGUCAAGGACACGGUGGCCGGCGGCGGCCACUGAUGUAUCCAUCUGCUGACCUACAAAUUCAAAAU